GGUUCUGGAAUGUGGGUUCUUUCUCGGAAUUUCCUGUAGACGCCUCCUCUGGACUCAUACAUGAGUAUUUAGUUGCGGCAGCUUCGCGUUUGCAGCAGUUUAACUGUUUCAUUGGCUUAAAAAUCGUGAGCAACCCUUGCGCCUUGCGUAGAAGAAGAAAAUGGCUGUUGAACUCUUUCUGGAUCUUUUCUCGCAGCCCUGUCGCGCCGUCUACAUUUUCGCAAAGAAAAACAACAUUCCCUUCGAGUUCAGGAGAAUUUCUCUGAUGGAUGGUGAACAUUUUGGAGAGGAAUUUGGGAAGAUCAACUUGAUGCGAAAGGUCCCUGCUCUUCGAGAUGGAGACUUCUGUUUGGCUGAAAGCAUCGCCAUCAUGAUUUAUCUUGCUGAGAAGUUUGAGACUCCAGACUUCUGGUAUCCGACUGACAUCCGGCAGCGAGCACGCGUCAAUGAGUACCUGUCAUGGCAGCACCAAGGCAUCCGCACGCACAGUUCCAAGGUGUUCUGGCUCCGGGUUAUGAUUCCUAUGGUGAUGGGUGUGGAAGUCCCAAAGGAGAAGAUGGAUGCAGCUUUGGAGGACCUGAAUUCCUCUCUGAAACUCAUCGAAGAGAAGUUCCUGGAUGACAGACCCUUCAUCGCUGGAGAUCAGGUGUCCCUGGCCGACAUUGUCGCCAUCGUGGAGAUCAUGCAGCCUGUGGGUUCAGGCCUGGAUGUUUUCCAGGGGAGACUCAAACUGAGUGCAUGGCGUGACCGAGUCCAGGCUGCCAUCGGGAAGGAGCUCUUUGACGAAGCCCACCAGGCCAUCCUGGGAGCUCAGGAGAAUGUUAAACUCCUGGAUCCCACCGUGCUGCAGGCGUCCAAAUCCAAAAUCCUCCGGUACUUCAUGUGAAGAGGAAACUGAUACUAUCUGAACCAACAGUAUGAGAUCGUUGGAACAUCAGGCUCACAAAAGCCCGUUUUUAAAAUUAUUUUUCAGUGCAGUUUUACUUUGCACAGUGUUAAUCAUCUGUAACAUCUCAAUAAAAAUGAUUUGACCUAUCUGUCUGCUCCAGACCAGACCCUAAAUAUUAACAGCUUGCUCCGAUUGAGAAGUAAAUGCAGUGGUUUAGGCUGUAAAUACAAAAGGAAAUAAAUGUCUUUGUCACAAAA